UGUGGAUUGGCUAGAGUCCAAGACAUAUUUGCUCUGAUUGGUUAACGCUAAACUCCUCAGAUCUUUCAUUGGUUGUUUGAGAAACUAUGUGAGCAAAAUAUGCAAAUUGGCUCGAUGUGGCAGUUGAAAUCACUGGCUCUCAUGCAUUGGGAGACUGAACUGCAGAGAGAGCAAGGUGGGCGUGCCUGCUCAACACUACUGACUGCAAGUUAUGAAUUCAUGACAAGAUAUUUGAACAAAACUAGUUAUUACAGCACAUUUUAAAGCAUAUCUUGUUCAAUCAUCUUUGUCUUGGAACCUCUCUCUUUAUUUUUCAAAUGAGUGUCACCAGGGUCCUCCACGUAUUAAAUUCAUCAGCAAUGCCGGUUCCUGUUAUGCCUGCAGACAUCAAUAUGCGGAUGUACAUCACACACUCGCCACCUCUCCGGAGCUUCCUCAGUUCCUAUGAGGACUUGAGGGCCAGGAACCGGGCAAACCACUACAAGCCCCUCCGGCCCUGCAUCAGCUCCCAGAGGGCCCUGGAGGCCCCCAGUCUGGCCUGGAAGACCACCAUGAAGACCCCAAAGGGCAAGAAGAGAGUGGUCUUCGCCGACUCCAAAGGCAUGUCCCUCACAGCCAUCCACGUCUUUUCAAAGUUUGAUGAGGAGCCCGCGCUGUCCAACUUUCAAUUUGACCUCAUAGACCUGGAGAAUACCACUGUGGAGCUGAAGAUCAGAACCAUGCAAAGCCUGGUGCUGGACUUCCCCCAACCCGCUUCAGACUAUCUGGCCUUCCGGAACCGGCUGUUGAAGAACUCUGUGUGCCUGGAAAACUGCACACUGCAGGAGAAGUCACUCACAGGCACCGUGAAAGUCAGAAACCUUGGCUUUCAGAAAUCUGUCCAGGUCCGGGUGACCGUUGACUCAUGGAAAACCUACACAGACGUUGACUGCACCUUUAUGAACAACGUCUACAGUUGCCAGGUAACAGACACAUUUGCCUUCAUCUUCAAACUGCCCAGUUACGUACCCCCUUCUAACAGAGUCGAAUUCUGCAUAUGCUUCAAGAGCAAAGACCAGGUUUUCUGGGACAAUAAUGAUGGGAAAAACUACAUUCUCAAACCAAUUGGUUGGAAUGUUGAGCUUAAGAAACCAGCAGAGCACAAGAACUCCAGUAAACUACUGGAGAUGGGGUGUGACCAGUUUGGAAGUCCCCGCUCAUCAAGUGGACUCUUUCGUGGGUUGCAAAGCUGGGGACGAAUUGAGAAUGGUGCCAACUACUGGUGAAAUUAGGGAAGACUUUCAGCUACCGUGAAGAAGUAUAACAGGGAUGGACUAGGAGCAGAGGGAUAGCAGUAGUAGUGACAUAACUUAUCUUAAAAUGUCAGAAUCUGCUUUGAAUGCAAUGAAGCACAUCAAGAAAUAAAAACUGUAUGGAAAUAUGGACCAUGGCUAGAUUCUACUACUACCAUAGAGAUAGAUACUUUCUGAAUAUGAUCAGAGAGACGGAGGCAAUAGAUUUUAAUUUUAUUUUACAUGUGAUUCUUGUGUAAAGUAGUUUAGUGCCUUCUCAAUAUCCUGCCUGUUAUAAAACAAAAGUCCAUUGAAAUUUAAGUUUGACAAUCUGUAACCUUGUAUGAGCCCAUUUUCAUUGUUGGAACUUACCGUAAGCAAAUGCACUGAUUGAGAUGAACUUUCUGAUUUCCAUACAUACAGUAUGUGGUGGGAUUGGACCAAUGGGAUGUCCUUCAUAUUGAAGGGUUAGAGUGUUACCAUCUAUCUUUGAAAAAAUCAAAGUUAAAUAUGAAUUUCUCAGUAAAUAAAACAAAUGAUAAAAUGCACCUUCAAAAUAGUUUUUUUUAGUCAAGACUCGUGUCAUUUGAUUUAUCAACAUUGCUGUCUCGUGUAUCUCAUUUCAAAUGCUUAUUAUUGUAUUUUAUGCAAUAUGAAGUUGUAUUGAUAAGAUACAAUCAGGAAACGGAAUUAUCAUGGCCUGUUGUCUGUUGUCUCAUAUAGGAGUAUGCUGGUGUGUUUUUCUUUCCCAAUAAGUGCCAUGAUACUGUUAUGUCAGUAGGACAUAACUGUGCCUUGUGGUGGACCUAUUCUAAGUUUAACUGGGCUCUAUUAAUAGUGAUUGUUCUUCUAAUUUCUAUAAGUGCAAUUCUGGUGCGAGUGUUGAGCAGUGGUGUGGCUGAAGUAUGUAUGUACACUUUUAUUUUCUUACUGUGAAGAAAGGUCAGUCAUUGUGCUCUUGUAUGUGUGCUUAAAGUGUAUGUGAUCCUUCUAGAAAUAAAAUGUUAUAUUGUGCAAAACA